CUGCGGGAUAGCUGGAAGUUCUUGGCGGUGUUGGGAAAGUGAGCUAUGGCAGCCCCGAGUGCCCUUCCAGGCGUAUCUUUGCGAGAAGCCACCCAGCGAAGGUUGCAGAGGUUUUCAGAGCUUAGAGGCAAACCUGUGGCAGCUGGAGAAUUCUGGGAUAUUGUUGCAAUAACAGCAGCUGAUGAUAAACAGGAACUUGCUUAUAAGCAACAGCUGUCAGAAAAGCUGAAAAAAAAGGAGUUACCACUUGGAGUUCAAUAUCAUGUUUUUGUUGAUCCUGCUGGAGCCAAAAUUGGAAAUGGAGGAUCGACACUUUGUGCCCUUCGAUGUUUGGAAAAGCUUUAUGGAGAUGAAUGGAAUUCUUUUACCAUCCUAUUAAUUCACUCUGGUGGCUACAGUCAACGCCUUCCAAAUGCAAGUGCUCUGGGGAAAAUUUUCACUGCUUUACCUUUUGGUAGCCCCAUUUAUCAGAUGUUGGAAUUAAAACUAGCCAUGUACAUUGAUUUCCCCUCACAUAUGAAUCCUGGGAUUCUGGUUACCUGUGCAGAUGAUAUUGAACUUUAUAGUAUUGGAGAAUCUGAGUAUAUUAGGUUUGACAAACCUGGCUUUACUGCUUUAGCUCAUCCUUCUAGUUUGACUGUAGGUACAACACAUGGAGUAUUUGUCUUAGAACCUUUUAACUAUUUAGAACAUAGAGACCUCGAGUACAGAAGUUGCCAUUGUUUCCUUCAUAAGCCCAGCAUAGAAAAGAUGUAUCAGUUUGAUGCUGUGUAUAGACCUAGAAAUUUUUUUCAACAAAACUUUGCUGGGGGUGACAUACCCUCUCUUAAAUUAGACCCUGAGUAUGUCUACACAGACAGCCUGUUUUACAUGGAUCAUAAAACAGCGAAAAAGUUACUUGCUUUUUAUGAAAAAAUAGGUACACUAAACUGUGAAAUAGAUGCCUAUGGAGACUUUCUGCAGGCUUUGGGACCUGGAGCAACUGUGGAAUAUACCAGAAAUACAUCAAAUGUUACUAAAGAAGAGUCAGAGCUGGUAGACAUGAGGCAAAGAAUAUUUCAUCUUCUUAAAGGAACAUCACUAAAUGUUGUUGUUCUUAAUAACUCCAAAUUUUAUCAUAUUGGAACAACUGAAGAAUAUUUGUUUCAUUUUACUUCUGAUAGCAAUUUGAAGUCAGAGCUUGGCUUACAGUCCAUAGCUUUUAGCAUCUUUCCAGCAAUACCAGAAUUCUCUAGUAACAAAUCCUGUAUCAUUCAAAGUAUAUUGGAUUCAAGAUGUUCUGUGGCACCUGGCUCAGUUGUAGAGUAUUCCAGAUUGGGGCCUGAUGUUUCAGUGGGGGAAAAUUGCAUUAUUAGUGGUUCUUAUAUCAUAACAACAGCCGUCCUGUCUGCACAUUCUUUUGUGUGUUCCUUAAGCUUGAAGAUGAAUAGACACUUAAAGUAUUCAACUAUGGCAUGUGGAGUGCAAGACAACUUGAAAAAGAAUGUUAAAACACUGUCAGAUAUAAAGUUACUUCAAUUCUUUGGAGUCUGUUUCCUGUCAUGCUUAGACAUUUGGAAUCUCAAAGUUACAGAGGAACUGUUCUCUGGAAACAAGACAUGUUUGAGUUUGUGGAAUGCUCGUAUUUUCCCAGUUUGUUCUUCUUUGAGUGAUUCAGUUACAACAUCCCUAAAGAUGUUAAAUGCUGUACAGAACAAGUCAGCAUUCAGCCUGAAUAAAUAUAAGCUGUUGUCCAUUGAAGAAAUGCUUUUCUACAAAGAUGUGGAAGACAUGAUAACUUAUAGGGAGCAAAUUUUUCUAGAAAUUACUUUGAAUAGAAAGCAGUCUGAUUUAGAGACAUCUUAAUUAUUGUAUACUCUGCCUUUCUUGACUGAACAAGAUUACAGAUGCAGGAGUUUUCUGUAGACUGUUGUUUUUUAAUUGAAGUGAAUUAAUGAAAAUUAUAUUAACAUGAUUGCUGUAGCAUAAAAUUAAUAACAAAAAUAGGGCUUCUCUGGUGGCGCAGUGGUUGAGAGUCCGCCUGCCGAUGCAGGGGACACGGGUUCGUGCCCCGGUUUGGGAGGAUCCCACAUGCCGCGGAGCGGCUGGUCCCGUGAGCCAUGGCCGCUGGGCCUGCGCGUCUGGAGCCUGUGCUCCGCAACGGGAGAGGCCACAACAGUGAGAGGCCCGCGUACCGCAAAAAAAAUAAAAAUAAAUAAAAAUAAAAAUAAAUAAAAAUAAAAUAACAAAAAUAAACCAUUUUUUGAUGAAAGAAUAGCUUAAGGAUGUAAGUUCAGAAAAGUGAUUUUUUAAAAUAUUUAUCACUAUUUAAAUUUUUCUUUUAUAAAGAUGGACUCGUGGAGCAUUAUUUUGUUCACAAAAUACUAUAAUUGUUUUAAAGGUAAUUUUCUAAAUAUACCUUCAGAAUUUUUUUACCUUCUUUUGGACCUUGGUUCCAAUGAAGUUCUAAGUGUCCAUUGGCAGUUCUCAAGUGCAUUAGACCUAUUCUGAUGAACUAAUAAAAAUGUCAUGCUGUAGGGUCUUCAAAGCACUGUAGGAAUACUGUAGAAGUACUUUUUCAGAAACAAAUCCAUGGCUGACAGAGUAAAAUGAAUGCUUAAAAUAUUGUGAUAGGGCUUCCCUGGUGGCGCAGUGGUUGAGAGUCCGCCAGCCGAUGCAGGGGACACGGGUUCGUGCCCCGGUCCAGGAGGAUCCCACAUGCCGCGGAGCGGCUGGGCCCGUGAGCCAUGGCCGCUGAGCCUGGGUGUCUGGAGCCUGUUGCUCCGCAACGGGAGAGGCCACAACAGUGAGAGGCCCGCAUACCGCAAAAAAAAAAAAUAAUAAUAAUAAUAAUAUUGUGAUAGUCUUAAUUAAUAAAUAAGUAUUAAUACUUUUCAAGUUUCUUCCCAAGGAGUAAAUAAAGAUAUAUGGUAACCAUUGUUUAGCAUUUACUGAUUUACUUGCAGAUAUUUCAGAGGAUGUUAUGUGUUUGUCACUCAUUAAAAGUUCUAUGCUGUAUUUCUAAUCUAAUUGAUAUAAGGUGCCAUCAGUUAUUAACAAUCAACAUUAUUUUAUGUUCCACUGAAAAAGAGAAAACACUACCAAUAAAAUGUGCAAUGCUUUUCUUGAUACUUGAAGUUUUUAUUUAUUGGAAAUCUUUUUUAAAAGCACUAAAAUAUAGAUUUGUGUCAUUUAACCCUUUUGCAAAUACGUGUAGAGGAACAAAAAAGUGAAAUAUUAAGAUACAGUCAAGACUUUUCUAAAGCUUCACAUCUAGAGUCAAACUUUUCUAAAGCAAUUUUCAACUUGAGUGGUUGAUAUCCAUGUGCUAUCUUCUAAUA